AUUAUUGUCCACCGGUCUAAGUGACUGAGUGAGUGACCGACUGUCUCCAAAGUUUGACCGGCCUCCAGUUUACUCGCUCCUGCUGCACGUUUAGACUGUUUGACCGAACAACCAGACGGACCUGCGGGCGAAAAGUGACGCGCGGAGACGCAACGACAGGAGGACUUGAGGGGCUUCAGGGAGCAGGAGAGCACCCGAAAGCUUUUUUUUUUUUUUUUUUUUGAAGGACUCCUGGUGUCUCUGUUGGAGGAGUAACCCAUGAAACAAAGAGUAAAUUUACUACUGUAGCUCCUCACUGACUGACCGCCUGCCUCUCCAUCCUGCAGACCUCCAGGAGGAAGAUCAUGGACUGAAACUCUCGGAUCUGCUUCUCCUUUUUUUUUUUUGUUUUUGGUUGGAAUCACACUUAACAACACAUGAGUUGGAUUGACUGGACGCGCGGUUUCCAUACAGUAAAUCCUCGGGGAUUAAAAUAACGAAGCCAAUGGAUAAUUUCUUCACGGAGGGCGACCGGGUGUGGUUACGGGAGGAUGAGCAGUACCUCCCCAGCACCGUGUCCUCUUGCUCUGGAGGUGUUGUUGUCUUUGCCACAGAUUAUGGCCAGGUGUACACCUACAAGCAGAAUGCUCUUACCAGGCAGAAGGUGCAGCCCAUGCACCACAGCAGCAUCAGAGGGGUGGAGGACAUGGCGACCUUGGAGGACCUUCACGAUGGCGCCAUCAUGCACAACCUCUUCCUGCGCUACCAGCAGAGACACAUCUAUACGUACAUCGGCUCCAUCCUGGCGGCGGUGAACCCUUACCAGCCGCUGCCCGGCCUGUACGAGCGGCCGGCCGUGGAGCUGUACAGUCGACACCACCUGGGGGAGAUCUCCCCGCACAUCUUCGCCGUCGCCAACGAGUGCUACCGCUCGCUGUGGAAGAGGCUGCAGAACCAGUGCGUCCUGAUCAGUGGCGAGAGUGGAGCCGGGAAAACAGAAAGCACCAAACUGAUCCUGAAGUUCCUGUCGGCCAUGAGCCAGCACUCCCUGGAGGUAUCAUCCCGAGACAGGACGUCGCAUGUGGAGGAGGCGCUGCUGGAGAGCAGUCCAAUCAUGGAGGCCUUUGGAAACGCCAAGACCGUCUACAACAACAACUCCAGCCGCUUUGGGAAGUUUGUCCAGCUGCAUUUCAGCCAGAAGGGCAACAUCCAGGGAGGCAGAAUCGUUGACUACCUCUUAGAGAAGAACCGAGUGGUCAGACAGAACCCAGGGGAGAGAAACUACCACAUCUUCUACGCCCUGUUAGCAGGAACCAACAGCCAGCAGAGGGAGGCGUUCGGGUUGACGCACCCUGACAGCUACCACUACCUGAGACAGUCCGGCUGCCCCGCCGACAAGACAAUCAACGACACAGGCACUUUUCAGGAUGUUCUGAAUGCCAUGCGAACGAUGCAGUUCACAGAGGAGAACAUCGGGGAGAUCCUGCGGCUCCUGGCUGGGAUCCUCCACACGGGGAACAUCGAGUUCAUGACAGCCGGAGGAGCGCAAGUCUCCUCCAAAUCAGCUCUCAGCCGGACGUCAGACCUUCUGGGGCUGAACACAGAUCAGCUGGCCGAGGUCUUGACCCACCGGUCCAUGAUCCUCAGGGGCGAGGAGAUCUGCACACCGCUCACUGUGGAACAGGCGGUGGACUCCAGAGACUCCAUGGCCAUGGCACUUUAUUCUCAGUGUUUCAACUGGAUCAUCCACAAACUCAACAGCCGCAUCAAGGGCAAAGAAGACUUCAAAUCCAUCAGCAUCCUGGACAUCUUUGGAUUUGAGAACUUUGAGGUCAACCACUUUGAGCAGUUCAACAUCAACUAUGCAAAUGAGAAGCUUCAGGAAUAUUUUAACAAGCACAUUUUCUCCCUGGAGCAACUUGAAUACAACAAGGAAGGCCUGGUUUGGGUCGACAUCAACUGGAUGGACAACGGAGAGUGUCUGGAUCUGAUCGAGAAGAAACUGGGUCUCCUGGCCCUGAUGAACGAGGAGAGUCACUUCCCCAAAGCCACAGACGACACCUUACUGGAGAAACUCCACAGCCAGCACUCGAAAAACCCGUUCUAUGUGAAACCACGUGUUGCUGUUCACUACUUUGGAGUCAAGCACUAUGCAGGAGAGGUGGUGUAUGACGUGAGGGGGAUGUUGGAGAAGAACAGAGACACUUUCAGAGAUGACAUCCUCAACCUGCUGAGGGAGAGCAGAUUGGACUUUGUCUACGAUCUGUUUGAACACGUACUGAGCCGCAACAAACAGGACACUCUGAAGAUCAGCUCCAAGCACAGACGGCCAACAGUCAGCUCCCAGUUUAAGGAUUCUUUGCACUCUCUGAUGGCCACACUCAGCACCUCCAACCCGUAUUUCAUUCGAUGCAUCAAACCAAAUACACACAAGAUGCCUGAUCAUUUCGACCAGACGGUGGUUCUGAACCAGCUCAGAUAUUCCGGCAUGUUGGAGACGGUCAAGAUUCGACGCACCGGCUUCCCCAUCCGGAGACCUUUCCAGGACUUCUGCUCCAGGUACAAGGUGUUGAUGCGGGGCCCGUUGAUGCCAGAUGACCCCAGAGGACGCUGCGUCCAGCUGCUGCAUCUCUACGACAGCAGCAGUGCAGAGUGGCAGCUGGGAAAGACCAAGGUCUUUCUCCGGGAGUCUCUGGAGCAUCGUCUGGAGAAGCAGAGGGAGGUGGAGGUCCUGAGAGCAGCCAUGAUCAUCCAAGCCCACGUCAUGGGCUACAUAGCCAGGAAGCAGUACAGGAAGCUGCUGCAGUGCAUCGUGGUCAUUCAGAAGAACUACCGGGCUUUCUACUGGAGGAGGAAGUUCCUUCUGCUCCGCUGGGCAGCGCUCACCUUCCAGAAACGUGUGCGAGGCCAGCUGGCCCGCCGGGAGUACAGCCAGCUGCUGGUGGAGAGGAGGAGGAGGGAGGAAGAGGAGCGCCACAGGAGAAUGGAGGAGGAGAAGGAGAGGGAGAGACAGAGGCUGGAGGCUGAGAGACUCACCAGAGAGGCUGAGGAAGCCAGCAGACUUGAGGAGGUGCAUUGCGCUGAAGAGCUAGCCUCCCUGGUUCUGGCUCAGUCUCAGCUGUCAGCAGCAGCCGCAACACUGCCGGAGCCUCCGGAGGAGCUGGAGUCAUCAGAGGUCUUCGAGGAGGCGUCUGAAGCGGAGGCAAUCCGUCCUCACGAGGCGUCUCAGGUGGAGGAGAUCCUGCGGCUGGAGCGGGAGAUUCAAUCUCUGCAGAGGCAGAAGGAGCGUCAGGAGCUCUCCUUGACCGAGGCCUCCUUGAACCGCCUGCAGCUCCUCCGCGACCAGGAGCUCAGGCGGCUGGAAGACGAAGCCUGCAAGGCGGCGCAGCAGUUCCUCGACUCGCUGAACUUCGACGAGAUCGACGAGUGCGUGCGGAACAUCGAGAGCUCCUUGGGUGUCAGAGAAGGAGAAGAAAAGGAGAAGGAGGGCGGACGCAGGAGAGGCAACGACGAAGAGGAGGUUGAUGAAGGGUUUGGCGCUGAUGAUGAGGCCUUCAAAGACUCACCAAACCCGAGUGAGCACGGCCACUCGGACGGCCAGCGGACGAGCGGGAUCCGGACGAGCGACGACUCAUCUGAAGAAGACCCGUACGCCAACGACGGUGUGAUCCCACCGCUGCCGCCGACCACCCUGCUUCACCAGCCGCUGCCUUUACCGCCGGUGCCUCCAGCCUGCCACAGCGCCUCGUCCAGCGGGGACUCAGCCUACUGCCACCCCCAGGCUUCGUCCGAGGCUCAGUCCGACGACCUGGUGGAGCUCAUACCGCCAGAUGAGGAUUCGGACUACGACCAGGACGACUACGACGAGGGCGCCAUCGUGUCCAGCGGCAGCGUGGCCUUCUCCAACCCUCGCAGCGGACAGUGGUCUCCAGACUACCGCGGAUCUGUGGGCACCUACAACAGCUCAGGGGCGUACCGCUUCAGCUCGGAGGGCGCUCAGUCAUCGUUUGAGGACAGCGAGGACGACUUUGACAGGUUCGACACCGAUGAUGAACUGUCGUAUCGGAGAGACUCGGUCUACAGCUGCGUCACGCUUCCAUACUUCCACAGCUUCCUUUACAUCAAAGGCGGCCUGAUGAACACGUGGAAGCGGCGCUGGUGCGUGCUAAAGGAUGAGACCUUCCUGUGGUUUCGGGCCAAGCAGGAGGCCCUGAAGCAGGGCUGGCUGCACAAGAAGGGAGGGGGCUCGUCUACGCUGUCUCGCCGAAACUGGAAGCGCCGCUGGUUCGUGCUGCGGCAGAGCAAGCUCAUGUACUUCGAGAACGACAACGAGGACAAGAUAAAAGGGGUGCUGGACAUGCACAGUGCUAAAGAAAUCAUUGAUAACACUGGUAAGGAGAAUGGCAUCGACAUUGUGAUGACAGAGAGGACCUACCAUCUGAUCGCAGAGUCUGCCGAGGAUGCCAGUCAGUGGUUCAGCGUGCUGAGUCAGGUGCACAGCUCCACAGAGCAGGAGAUCAGAGAGAUGCACGACGAGCAGGCCAACCCCCAGAACGCUGUGGGAACGCUGGAUGUGGGGAUGAUCGAUUCGGUUUGUGCGUCAGAUAAUCCAGAGAGGCCGAACUCCUUUGUCAUGAUCACUGCGAACCGCGUGCUGCACUGCAACGCUGACACGCCUGAGGAGAUGCACCACUGGAUCACUCUGCUGCAGCGCUCCAAGGGAGACACCCGCGUCGACGGACAGGAGUUCAUCAUCCGAGGCUGGCUGCACAAAGAGAUGAAGAACAGCAGCAAGGCUUCACUGAAGCUGAAGAAGCGUUGGUUCCUGCUUACCCACAAUUCCCUGGACUACUAUAAGAGCUCAGAGCGCAACGCCCUGAAGCUGGGAACGCUGGUGCUCAACAGCCUUUGCUCAGUGGUUCAGCCGGACGAAAAGGUCUUUAAAGAGACCGGCUACUGGAACGUGAUCGUGUACGGCCGUAAACACUCGUACCGCCUCUACUGUAAGCUGCUGAACGAGGCCACGCGUUGGGCCAACUCCAUCCAGAACGUCAUCGACACCAAAGCGCCCAUCGACACGCCGACCCAGCAGCUCAUCCAGGACAUCAAGGAGAACUGUCUGAACUCGGAGGUGGUGGAGCAGAUCUACAAGAGGAACCCCAUCCUGCGCUACAGCCACCACCCGCUGCACUCACCACUGCUGCCGCUGCCCUACGGAGACAUCCACCUCACCGCUCCGAGGAACAGAAGUUACACUACGCUGCAAGAGGAAGCCCUCAAGGUGUUCAGCUCUCUGCAGCACCUGGAGGGCGUGGCCGACCCGGUGCCCAUCAUCCAGGGCAUCCUGCAGACCGGCCAGGAGCUCAAACCGCUGCGGGACGAGCUCUACUGCCAGCUGAUCAAGCAGACGACGCGGCCGCUGCAGGCCGGCAGCCCCGGGAACCUCUGCAGCUGGAAGAUCGUGGCCUGCAUGUCCUGCACCUUCGUACCGACCAGGAGCAUCCUCAGAUACCUCAAGUUCCACCUGAAGAGGACUCGAGAGCUCUUCCCCGGCACGGAGAUGGAGCGCUACGCCGCCUUCGCCCUCGACUCUCUGAGGAAGACUCGAGCCAGGGAGAACGUCCCGUCGCAGGAGGAGAUCCGGUCCAUCGUGGCUCGCCAGGACAUGAGCACCACCGUGCACUGUCACGGAGGAGGCUCCUGCAAGAUCACCAUCAACUCGCACACCACCGCCGGAGAGGUGGUGGAAAAGCUGAUCCGUGGUCUGGCCAUGGAGGACAGCAGGAACAUGUUUGCUCUGUUUGAACACAACGACACCACAGAGAAAGCCAUCGAGAGCCGCACGGUGGUGGCCGACGUGCUCGCCAAGUUUGAAAAGCUUUCAGCGAGCCCAGACGAACAAAACACCGGCUGGAAGUUUUAUUUCAAGCUCUACUGCUUCUUGGACACAGACAAUGUUCCCAAAGACAGCGUGGAGUUUGCCUUCAUGUUUGAACAGGCUCAUGAAGCAGUUAUUCGUGGUCAGUAUCCGGCUCCUGAAGAGACUCUUCAGUUCCUGGCUGCUCUGAGACUUCAGUACCUGCUUGGUGACCACAGCUCCCAGGUCACCAUCCCUGAAAUGUCCCAGGUGUUCCCCAUGGCGCGAUUGCGGGCCCGGGUGCAGAACUCCGCCAAGACGUUCGCUCCGGGUAACGGCUCGGUGGCCGACCGCUCGGGGACGGCUGAGAGGAAACGCUCGAGCUUCCUGGAGGGAACACUGAGGCGGAGCUUCCGGAGCGGAUCGCUGAGUCGGCAGAAGCUGGAAGAGGAGAACAGCCUGGAGGCCUGGAUGAGGGAGGAGGUCACGGCGGUGAGAACCAGCGUUAUAGACAAGUGGAAGAAACUGCAGGGGAUGAACCAGGAACAGGCCAUGGUCAAAUACAUGGCGCUGGCGAAGGAGUGGCCAGGAUACGGAUCCACACUGUUCAACGUCGAGUGCCGGGACGGAGCGUUCCCCUCUGAGCUGUGGUUGGGCGUGAGCCGGGAGGCCAUAUCGGUGUACAAGCGAGGCGAGCCGUGGCCUCUGGAGGUUUUCCCGUAUGAACAGAUUCUCUCCUUCGGAGCUCCGCUGCCCAACGCUUACAAGAUCGCCGUGGAGGGCCGAGAGCUGGUCUUCGAAACCCAAAUGGUCAUGGACAUCGCCAAGCUGAUGAAGGCCUACAUCAGCAUGAUCGUCAAGAAGCGCUACAGCAACUGUCAGUCGGUCAGCAGCCACGGCAGCCAGUGCAGCGCCUGGUGAACUCCCCCCUUCAAACCUUUGACUUUUUUUGGCCACCUGUCGGAGCGCAGCGGAGGGUCGAGCGUGGCCGCAGCCUGGCCGUGCAUGGACGCCCGUCUUCUGCGCUCCGGAGAGAGAGAGCAGCUUGUACUUUUUUUUUUUUUUACAUGUCAGACUGACUCUGAAUGCUGGAGACAAACCACGAUGCUCUUAAUGUUUAAACUAGCUCAAAUCAUGUUUUGACAAGUUUUUGUUCCAAAACAUUACAGAUCCACACCUGAUAGAUCAGGACUUCAAAAAGAAACAAUUAUCAUCAUUUCAAGCUGGAAGCUUCAGCUGCUUUCGGUUCAAUCUUGAGAGUCAACAAGGAUCUGCCCUGCUUGAGUGUCCUUGAGCGAUUGUGAUUUGUUCAGCACACCUCUGAACUCCCUUAACAAAAGGAAGAAUUUCUCUGCGGCUACACUGUCUGUGUGCUUUUUGUGCUCGUCUGCAGCACCGAAUCCUUUGCAGCUGUGUGCAUGCUGUUCACAGUGGAUAAAUCUCCAUCUAUCAAGUGGACCAAAUCAGGAAAAGUCUUCAGAAAAUUUCAAACAAAAUUCAAAAUAUGGUGGCGUUUGUUGCCGGUAUGUUUUGGAAGGAGUAAGAAAGUCGUAGCGAUGAGCCGUUGACAACAAGCUCCUCGGAUCACAGUGUUUUAAAUUCCUGCAGGUAUGCUCUGAGUUCUGGUGCCACAAUGAUGUAAUUGUGCAGGUUUGCAGUGUCUCAGGUCAAAGACUGAGGGAUGGUAGGACAUCUGAUAGCAAUCAAUCAGCAGAGGAGUGUGAACAAGUCAACAUGCUGAGCUUAAACCAGAAUCAAAUAUGUGAUAUAUAUAUGUGAUGACGGCAUGUGGAAACUCAUAAACCUAUGAAGCCAGAUAGAUUUCAUAAGUUCUUCCCUUAAAUUGGUCAUUUGUGGCCUCAGUGUCCAUCAACCUUAAAUCUAAGGUUAUGUCAACUGAAUGACAUCAGUAACAGUGAAACAAAUCUGUUGUUCCUUUAAAUAUAUAUCUAAUGAAUGUCGAAGAUAACACAACGUUGUGUUUAAAAGCAAAAUCCAGAUGUGUGUUUAUGUAUCUCAAAGAUUUUUUAAAAAGUUCUGAUAAACUUUUAAAUGCAAUCGAACCAUAACGACAAGAAGACGACAACUGGAGAGCACAAAUGAUUCAUUUAAGACAAUGAAUUACAUAAUUACCAACUAUUCAUCAUAACUUACGAGGCUCCUGUAAGAGCAAAAUAUAAAAAAAUGCAACAGAUUCAACUUCCCACUGUUUUCCAGACCAAAGAAUCGAGCUGAAGGUUUCAUUUAUUCUUUGGAGUGUGGCUGUGUUUUGUUUUGGAAUAAAACUGUUCAUUUCUUCUUGAUGCUAACGUGCUGCGACACUACAAGGUUGCAAGAUGGGGCUAUUUGUUACUGAGGUUUUUGUUUGUGUGCCUGUGUGUGUGUGUGUGUGUGUGAGUGUGAGUGAGUUUAAAGAGAUGUGUGUCUACAGGCUGUUCGAAUGUAAAAAAAAAAAUACAGAAAAUUAAAAAAAAAAAAAAAAGGCAGAGAAGAUGGAGAAAAAGAAAAUAGCUAGUCUGAAAAGCCUUUUCCUCUGCUUUGAAAACUCUGGGACUUGACCUUCUAUACAAACUUUCUCCAGGAUGAUCUGUUCACUGUAAAUAAUAUGCAACUGUACUCGCCUCGAGCAUUUCAAGUUUGUGAUUGAUCGCUUCGAUUGAUUUUGCUGACGAUACGAAGGUCACACAAAGUGCCUGUUCGAACUAAAGCAGGACGAACUCUAAUCAGAUUACCACUCUCGUUCCUGUGUGAGCAGAAUCUGGAAGGUGCUCCCGUGUUCCCCUUUUAACUCACCAAUGUACUUGUACACCGCAAAACCGCAAAGUCCCACCGCGCACGUCAUUCAAGCUAAACUCAAGUAUAAGAUGCAGUUUUUUUGUUUUUUUUAAGAAUCUGUCAAUAGUGAGAAGACGACAUCAGAUCACGUAUCGCUACAACAUGCGGUUGAAUUUAGCCAAAUUUAAAGUCACUCUUGCAAAAUCUUUUGAUGACGUCAUCUGGUUGUGUCGUCUUCUUCUGCAGCGGUAUAACGGAUGAAUUUAAUUGGAUUCAUGAGCCCAAAAAACAGUCAUUUCUGUCUUAUUAUUUUAAAUAUGAACUGUUUCUCAAUUUACUUUCUAUAAAAUAUUACAAUAUCAAUCUAACAAUGUAAAAAUACAUGUUCUGUGAUAGAGGAAUUUCUUUAACCUGCUUUGCCAAUGAGGUUCAACGAGGUUUUAAAUUGUUCUGUUUGCCCUUUUUAACAAAGUCAGUGGCCUGUAGUUGAUAUAACAGUCUAUGAAAAGCUACUGCAGUCAUCUUUGGGCUUUUUGAUAUGUUUUUUACUCCAAAAAGGGUAACAGAGAAAAAGAUUUUUUUAACAAUAACCCUGCAUACUAUCAUUUAUAUUUGCUUCCCUGAACCUACAAAGCACUUAAAACUGCGUAAAAGCCACAAAAUGUCAUUUUCAUCCAGUCCUCGAGAUGCAGCACAGUUAUUGUGUGCUAAAAGACUGCAGGGAUAAGAAUUCGAUGCGAUCAAUCAGGUUUUAGUUUGAAUGACUUGCUCGGUCGGACUGUUUGCAGUGUGACAUUCCUACAACAUUUCAGUGGAGCUCCGCUGGCGGCAGAUCCAUCCAAAGAUGCGCGUGCAGGUUUUUUUUUCUUCCACAGUGCCUUGUUGUAUAUUGUGUACACUUAUUUUCUCAUGUGUGGUUUCUUUUUUUUUUUUUGGUAUAAUGUGCAAUGUUAUAUAUAUUAUAUAAUCAUGUGGCUGUACAUUUUAUACUGUAAGUCUUUUUGCCUUCUAUUUUUUUUUUCCUGAAUGAUGACCACGUGGCGAUUUUUCUCAAGAUAAAAAUCUUGUUAUAUUUUUCUUAAGCAACCAUCCAACUUACAGUGGACCUUUGAUACAAUAGUGAUAUCUUGUUUUUAUCUGUAUUAGCUGUGUUAUGUAUUGAAAGGACGAUUCUAACAAUAAAUGGUUACAUAUUUGA